UGCGGCAAAGAGCCCCGGCUUGUGGGGAGCGUGGUUAGGAAGUGUGUGCUUGUCACUGAACCCUGAGUGGAUCUGCUAACCCUUGCCUCCCACUGGGUGGAGCAGGGCCUUUAAGAGCAGCUGGAAUGCAGUUUCCUGAUCAGCUUAGCCAGUUAUUCCCUGUCUGAACCUCUGCUAGCCCUAGGGAGUAGUGCUGAGUUCAGACCAACAGGCCUCCUGAGCUCUUCACCACAGCCCACUUUUUGCCUGAGCAAGAAGCUUCUAGCAGGGGAGUAGGUUCCCAUCUGGCCAACCAUGGGAGAGGACGCUGCACAAGCAGAAAAGUUCCGGCACCCAAAUACUGACAUGCACCAGGAGAAGCCAUCCAGCCCCAGCCCAAUGCCUUCCUCCACACCGAGCCCCAGCCUGAACCUGGGCUCCACAGACGAAGCCAUCCGAGACAACUCGCAAGUGAAUGCUGUCACCGUGCACACGCUCCUGGAUAAGCUGGUCAACAUGCUGGACGCUGUGAGGGAGAACCAGCACAACAUGGAGCAGCGGCAGAUCAACCUGGAGGGCUCAGUGAAGGGCAUCCAGAACGACCUCACCAAGCUCUCCAAGUACCAGGCCUCCACCAGCAACACGGUGAGCAAGCUGCUGGAGAAGUCUCGCAAGGUCAGCGCUCACACGCGCGCAGUCCGGGAGCGCCUGGAGAGGCAGUGUGUCCAGGUGAAGAGGCUGGAGAGCAACCAUGCCCAGCUCCUCCGACGCAACCACUUCAAAGUGCUCAUCUUCCAGGAAGAAAGUGAGAUCCCUGCCAGUGUGUUUGUGAAGGAGCCGCUUCCCAGCCCUGCCCAGAAGGACCUUGCUGGUGAGAACAAGUCCCUGGAGGAAACUCUGCACAACGUGGACCUCUCCUCCGAUGACGAAUUGCCCCGUGAUGAGGAAGGCCUGGAAGACAGUGCAGAGGAAAAGAUGGAAGAGAGCAGGGCAGAAAAAAUAAAAAGAUCCAGCCUCAGGAAAGUGGAUAGCCUCAAGAAAGCGUUUUCUCGCCAGAACAUCGAGAAAAAGAUGAACAAGCUGGGGACAAAGAUCGUAUCUGCUGAGAGGAGAGAAAAAAUUAAGAAGUCACUCACAUCCAAUAACCAAAAAGCAUCUUCAGGGAAAAGCUCCCCCUUCAAGGUUUCUCCUCUCUCUUUUGGUCGGAAGAAAGUCCGGGAGGGAGAAAGCUCCGUGGAAAAUGAGACCAAGUUAGAAGAUCAGAUGCAGAAUGACCAUGAGGAGGGCUCGUUCGCAGAGGGUCUUUCUGAAGCAUCUCUCCACAGCGGCCUGGCGGAGGGCAGCGCAGAAGAUGCUGAGAAGCCAGCUCUGAGAGGAAACAACUCCGGUGUGGACAGCAACGCUGAUCUGACCAUUGUGGAAGAUGAAGAAGAAGAAUCGGUGGCCCUGCAGCAGGCACAACAGGUUCGCUAUGAGAGUGGCUACAUGCUUAAGUCGGAGGAGAUGGAGGAAUCCAGCGCUGAGCAGGUUCAGCCGGCGGUGCUGCGUGUGGACCAGACCGCUUGAGUGUGCGGCCAGAACACUGGGCCAGAGGCAGAACCCGGGGGCAUCCGCGUCCGGGAAGCCAUCUCUGCACCUCUUCAUCUCUACAUGCUCUCCACUGUGACUGCCUAGGCCUUAGUCCACUGGCCAUCCAGCAGCCUCAGAUACACAUGGGAUCACGGAAACAAACUGCCAGGAAUUACACUUCUAAUUUGCACCUAGGUUCUAUUUCUGUAAAAUUUUCCAAGAAGAAAGAAACAAAGCAGUUGAAAAAAAAUUACCAAUCUAUUUGGCCUAUUCAGAAAAAAAAAAAAAAAAAACUAGAGGACAUUUCCAAUAGUAGUCAUAAAAUGACAUCUAUUUUUAUGGUCAUUCUGUCAGCUUGCUAAAUAAUGUAGCAGUAGCGUAGUGAAUUCUUACUGUAUUCUGUGAAUGAUUAUUCCUCAAAUAUGUAAUAUAGGAUACAUAUAACUAUGUAAGCUGAGGACGUAACUCCAUAUUUUAAGAAGAAAAUAUUUACAAAAGUAAAGCAGAACGCUUAGCUGAUUAUUCUCUUAUAGAAACAAUUGUUUAUUGCAAGUGGGGGAAAUGAAAGGCUGUGAUGGGCAGCUAAUGGCAUGAGAACUAAGGCUGGAAAAUGAAAGAAAUGUUAGACAAAGAAUGGCAAAAAGAAUGACAACAAAGAGGGAAUAAGAAUGCACCUAAAAAGUGAAAAAUUGACAUUUUAAAUCUAUUUUGCUCUUUAAGUAACAAGACUAAAGAACUCCAUACAUCUCACAAGAAUAUGUCUUUUCUUCCCAAUGUUUUCAUAGUCUGGGAUUAAAUACUAUAACUAGAUAUUCUGGUAUAAAAGCUGUGGUUCUUCUUAUUCAAGAAAUGGUAGUGCACAUCUUUCUGUGAAAAAAGUUCAAAAGGAUAUUCUCUCUUUAACAUUGGAAUAAGUGUAAGUCUGAAAUCAAUAGUGUGUACUGUUUUUUGGGAAGAUCAGUCACAUGAUCCUUUAAAUUCUUUAAAUUUUUAAAUUUUUCACUUUGAAGUAAACUUUCCACUCCAGGUAUGAUAUAGGUUUAUAAGGUGUUCAAACCUACAUAAUUAAGAAGGGUAAAAUGCUGUUUUUCCUUUUUUUACACAUAAUGAUUAUUUUAUUCCAGAUAAUAUUUUAUUUAUCUAUUAAUUUCACAGAAUUCUAACCUUUUUAGCUUAUAAAAGGAUGCUAAUAUUUUUAUGUUGUGUAUGUCCAUUCUUUCUAACAUACUAAAAGUUACUCUACCUGUUUUUCAUUACAAAAUGUCAAUGUUUUGUUAAAUUACAGUCUAAAUACAGGAGGGCCAGAGUUCGAAUUCUCUACUUACUGUGCAGGACAUGUGAUCUUACAAGUAGAGGUGACCCAAGCAGCGGUCACAAGCUGUGUUCUGUCUUCAAGAAAAGAGAUGAGUAAAGUGUGUUGAUGGUAUAACCUUGUCAGCUAUGUUUCUAUUUUGUAAUAAAUGUAACCACAAAUCCUGAAUUGUUGAACUAACAAAGCCUGUGUGAAAGAAGAUUAAAUAAACAAAAAAUAAGAAGAAUA